AUGAGUGAGAAGGAGAAAGAGAAAGGAAUGAGUGAAGGAACGACGUUGCUGCACGGGAAGUACGAACUGGGGAGGGUGUUGGGGCAUGGAACUUUUGCGAAAGUGUACCAUGCGCGGAACCUGAAGACGGGGCAGCAUGUGGCGAUGAAGGUGGUGGGGAAGGAGAAGGUGAUAAAGGUGGGGAUGAUGGAUCAGGUUAAGAGGGAGAUCUCGGUGAUGAAGAUGGUGAAGCACCCAAACAUCGUAGAGCUCCACGAAGUCAUGGCCAGCAAGUCCAAGAUCUACAUCGCCAUGGAGUUGGUGCGUGGAGGGGAGCUUUUCAACAAGGUCUCCAAAGGUCGAUUGAAGGAGGACGUCGCCAGACUCUACUUCCAGCAGUUGAUCUCCGCCGUGGACUUCUGCCAUAGCCGCGGCGUCUACCACCGCGACCUCAAGCCGGAGAACCUCCUCCUCGACGAACAUGGGAACCUCAAGGUCUCCGACUUUGGACUUACCGCCUUCUCCGACCACCUCAAGGAGGAUGGGCUGCUACACACCACGUGCGGCACGCCCGCGUACGUGUCGCCGGAGGUCAUAGCGAAAAAGGGGUACGACGGUGCCAAGGCUGAUAUAUGGUCAUGUGGGGUCAUCCUCUAUGUCCUCCUCGCAGGGUUUUUACCCUUUCAGGAUGAUAAUUUGGUUGCCAUGUAUAAAAAAAUUUACCGAGGGGACUUCAAGUGUCCACCUUGGUUUUCUGUGGAGGCGCGAAGGCUUGUUACCAGACUCCUCGACCCGAACCCGAAUACCCGGAUUAGUAUUUGUAAAGUGAUGGAGUCUUCUUGGUUUAAAAAGCCGGUGCCGUGGAAGGUGGCGGAGGUGGAUUUGGAGGUGGAUUUGGAGGAGAAGUGUGAGACGCCUGCUACGAUGAACGCGUUUCACAUAAUCUCGUUGUCGGAGGGGUUCAAUUUGUCACCGUUGUUUGAGGAGAAGAAGAGGGAGGAGAUGAGGUUCGCGACGGCUGGGACGCCGAGCAGCGUGAUAUCGCGGCUGGAGGAGGUGGCGAAGGCGGGGAAGUUCGACGUGAAGAGUAGCGAGACCAAGGUGAGGCUUCAGGGACAGGAGCGUGGGAGGAAAGGGAAGUUGGCUAUUGCGGCGGAUAUUUAUGCGGUGACGCCGUCGUUUAUGGUGGUGGAAGUGAAGAAGGACAAUGGGGAUACCUUGGAGUACAACCAGUUCUGCAGCAAACAGCUUCGUCCUGCGCUUAAAGACAUCUUCUGGAAUUCCCCACAGAAUUCCACACCAGCCAUAGUGCUUGAAUAA